CUCUCGCGCUCACGUCAUGAAUGAAAUGCCUACACAUUUACAGUUACUUUACGUGGAGACAACAACAACAACGCGAGCAACAACAAGAAACUCCCCAACUGCUUAACAUGUUGUUUCAAGCUUUUUCCUCUAUACAUUUGUUGUUGUUGUUGUUGUCUCAGUUGUUGUUGUUGUCGCUCCUCAACACUCGUCAUAAUACAUAAUGCAAGUAAAACGCUCAGUCGCUGCUAACGGUUCUUUGCGUAUGGACGUGUUUUUCGUGUAUGUUUAAAUUAUUAUUCGUUAUUUUUUUUUUGGAGGGGUGAGGGGAACACGACCCAGUCUAGUGUGGUGUGAGUAAUUAACUGCCAUGGCAAAGUGAAAAGCAAUGCUGAAUAAUUAUAAAUAAAAUUAAGGAAUCGCACAUAACCUCAAAUUGUGCUUUUUAAAUUGUGGAAUAUCAAAAAAGUCAAUAAAAACAAUGCACAAAUGACGCAGCAACGACAUAAAACGAACUUUCUUCAACAAAGUAAACAUAAUUACAACAGGAACAACAACAAGAAUCACAACAACAACUGCCCGCUUCAAGCCCCCAAAUGGGCCAGCAUAUGCACAAUACUCUUCCUCUUCCUGCUGUUGUCGUCCUGCCAACUGGGUCGAGCACAACAACAAGAGCAAGAGCAACAGCAACAGCAACAACGAAAACGACAGACUGAACUGGAAACGGUUGAAGAGGACAACAAUAUCGACUUCGAGAGUCUCGAUGGCGCCACACAGUUGUUGCCAGCAACGCGUCAUGGCGGAGACGCCACAGCGGCGCCACCGUCGACGCCAUCCUUGCUGCUGACAUCAUCGUCAAAGUCCUACACUGAGCUACAGGGUGGCGAGAUACUCAGCGAACGCGUUUGGCGACUCAGCGAGAGUCCGUACCUGGCACGCGAUGACCUCGAGGUGGUGCGAGGCGCCCGUCUGACCAUCGAGCCAGGCGUGACUGUUGAAUUUGCCCCCACCAAGGGACUCAAGGUGCGCGGCGUGCUACAUGCUGUGGGCACUCCCACAGCACGUAUCAUCUUGAGAUCGCAAAGUAAUGUCGCAAAUUUAAAAUUGGAACUGCCUGACGAUCAGGAGAAGGGUAUACGUCUAGUGGAUGGACCUACACCAGUCGAGGGACGUCUGCAGCUAUACCACAAAGGUGCCUGGCGUUCCGUGUGCUCCAACUCGAGAAAUUGGACUUUGGCGGACUAUGCGGUGGCCUGUAAGCAGCUUGGCUAUAGAGGAGGUCGGUUCUGGAACUGGGUGGAGCGUACUCCCGGCUAUUAUCCCCGAUUGCUCUACGAGCAGCCCAAGUGUCGCGGAGGAGAAAACAGUUUGUUGGAUUGCAGCUGGAGUUCAAGGCAAAUGGGAGCCGGAUCGUGUGAUUAUCACAACGAUCUGGGCAUUCAAUGUCAGCCUGUGCACUCGGAACCCUUGGGACACUGGCGGGGCAUCUACUUCGACAACGCACCAUCAACGAAAUCUCUAGGAAGGGAUAAUACAGUCUACGCAGCGCAGUCGGAAUCACGUUUGAAGUAUGUGGACCUCAUCCGGGCUGGAAACGGUGCUGGAUUUAGUGCCAAGUCGGCGCUGGAAGUACAGGGAUUGCCACCGCAAAUGGAGCACGUGGUGAUCAGUCACUCGGCCUAUACCGGCUUUAACAGCACUCGACCCAUGGCAGGAUUUCAGCUGCAGAAUGUGACAGUGAGGAAGAGCAAUGGCAUAGGUAUCUUUGUGAAUUCCAGCCAGGGAUUGGUGCAACUCGAGGGUUGCUCCGUUGUGGACAAUGCGGCAGAUGGUGUCAAGUAUGUGGGCCACGAUCUACGUGGCACUGAACGCACAGAUCGUGCAAGCAUUUAUGACUUUUGCACGCUACCCACAACAUCGGGACAGACGUAUCCCAUCUCCCUGUCCUUCACUCAGAAGUACUACGCUGGAUCAGCGAAGGAAUGUGGAAAGUAUUUCUUCACUCGACCUGGUUACCUGCUCACUCUUCACUUUGAGCACUUUAUGCUUCAGCAGAAUGGAACAGGAACUGUGGAGAUCUUCGACGGAGCCUCGACCAACGAUCGCUUGUUAUUCUCCUGGCAGGCGAGGAACUUCACACGUCCACAGAGUGUGACCAGCACUAAAGAGAAGAUGUUUGUAAGAAUACGAGCCGAGGCAAGGCGGGAAAUGAAUGGAUAUUUCCGAAUAACCUCGGGAGAUUCUGUGGCUUACGAUCUACGGGUUUCCCAAUCCACCGUGGAGGACAAUGGCGGACGAGGCGUGGCCAUUGACAACAUACGCUCCAAGUUGCAUGUGCAUGCGAGUUCCGUGUCCGGAAAUGGACACGUAGCGGGUGUUCAUGUGACCAGCGGAGCAGGUGAUGUCAACAUCACGAGCAGCAACAUCAGCUUCAACAACGGAGCGGGGGUAAACAUUACUUACUACGGUGGUAAUCGAAAUAUAUCCCGAUCCGCGUUGAGCUCCAAUCGAGGGUAUGGAUUUGCCACGUGGUUGAACCACACCACGGAUGUGGAUCGUGUUGAAUAUAUACCCUUCAACCAGACCAGCGUUGUGGAGUACUCACAGAUUGGCGGGAAUCUGGAGAUGGGAGUGUUUCAUGGCAACUACUGUCGCCCCAUUUGGGUUAACAUCACCGGGAAUACCUUCAACGGGAGUCAACAGAACGAUAUCUUCAUCGAAUCCUGUUACCAGAAGACAGCAAAUGGACAACCCAAUAUGCAACUCCAACUGGGACACAAUCUCUUCAAGUACAGUCAGGCGAACUCUGUUUAUUUGAGUCCCGCUCUCAAUCUACAAGGUCGCAUUGAGUUCAAUAUGUUCCGGUAUGGCGCAUAUGGUUGCAUUUAUGUGAACAACGACUACAUCUUCCAGGAGUUCAACUAUCUGUCGGUCAAACUGCUUAUUCAGAGUAAUUAUUUUAUGCGGAAUAGUGGAGUCCAUGUGGUUUCCCUUGCUCUCUCCCCCUACAGCAGGGCGGAUGUCCAGUACAUACUCUUCACCCGCAAUUUUGUGAGAAGCAACAACAUCACGGAGGCAUUUGGACCGUUGAUUGCUGGUAGCGAAGGCAGCGAUGGAGCUGGUAGAUUGAAUCCCCGUUCAAGGGUUGCUGCUCCUGUUGUCGUCGGCUCGAGCAAUGUGGACAUAUUUAGGAAUAUCCUACACAAUCUGGACUCAUCUUAUGAGAUUGGCUCCCAAUUGACGGAUCAGAGUCAGAUCAUCAAUGCCACCUGUAAUUGGUUGGGACACACGGACGAGAAUCGCAUCUAUGCCAGGCUCUUCCAUCGGAACGAUCGCUAUAAUUUGGCCAAGAUCAACUAUAUUCCAUAUCUGUUGCAUAGUUCCAACCCGGGAUCCACAGCGAUGAUCACCGUCUCGACAGUCGUACCGCGUUUCUUUCACGAGGGCAGCGAUGUGAUUGGUGGUGAGGUAGACGGUCAGGAUAUGGUACCCGCUGGUACCUACACCGUCACCAAGGACAUCAACAUACGUCCGGGAGGUAAGCUUAUUCUCCAACCUGGAACGACGCUGCGCUUUGAGCCAAGUGUGGGCAUGAUGGUGGCCGGAAAACUGGAGGCAAGGGGGAAACGACCCGACGACAUACUCUUCACCCUGAAAAGGGAGACCAUCAUCGUCAAUGACACGGAAACAAUUGAUUUGGAUAGCGAAACGGAGGCUAUAGAUAUGGAAACGGAGGUACUGCCCGUGGAUGGAGUUCCCAGGGUGCCAGUGCGUCUGGUGGGUGGAUCGGGUGCAAAUGAAGGUCGCCUGCAGGUGUAUCUCAAGGGUCGCUGGGGUACCGUCUGCGAUUAUGGCUGGAACGUUCUUAAUGCUGCCUUAGUCUGUCAUCAGCUGGGCUACUCCCUAAAUCCUGACGACUGGCGUCUGCUCCGCUCGCAGCUACCAAAUGCUGGUACCACCGAGGACGUACUUAUGGCAAAUGUACGCUGCACACCCCACGAUCGGGAUGUGACCAAGUGCCGGGCAGAGUACGAGUUCGAGAACAGUUGCAGUCACGAGAACGAUGUAGGGUUGAGGUGCUACGAGGGGGCCUGGGCAGGUGUGAGGUUCAGCAUGCUGGCUGAGCGUGCGGAUCUACAAUAUGUGACUGUAGAGAAGGCGGGACUCUUUGACUACACCACGAAUGCGUUUAAGCCGGCGGUGCAAAUGGAUCAUGCUCGUCACAAUCUGGAAAAUGUGCGUGUGGUUAACAAUCUGCAAGAUGGUUUGGGUAUUAUCUAUGCAGACAUCUAUGCUGGCAAGUCAGUGAAUAACAUCAAGAACUCAGAGUUCUCAAGCAAUCGAGGCAGUGGCAUCAGCUUUAAACAGUUGGACUUCCGUAUAUCUGGCUCCAUCAUCAAGGAUAAUCGGGGUAGUGGCAUUUCCCAUGAUGCAGUUAUAGCCUCCCUCGAUCAAAAGGAAAUCGGAGGUUGGUUUAACAUGGCGAGGGACUUCAACUCCUACGACACGGACUUUGAUCCCUACCUUCUGCCCCAUGAGAUAGCCAAUAUUGAUCUAGGCACCUUCGAGCACAAAUAUAUACGCACCGAGGAGCACCUUGGACAAUCCAUAAGCAGAAAAAUUGUCGUACAAUGUCCCGCUGGUUAUGUCAUCGGCAUUCAACUGCUCAAUCCCAUUCACAAUUUAUCCACGGAGAGCAUUAGCAUAUUGAAUGCCCGCACGGAAAACAUACGCAGCGAUCUGUGGCAAGUGAAGAGGGAUCUUAAUGUUUUUCCGGCUACCAGCAGCAGCUACGGCAUCAUUAUCUACUACGAGAGUGGUCUUCAGGCGUUGGGAGGAGCUGUCCUUAUGCUGAGUACAGUCACUGCUCCUGCUCAAAGCAUAAGAAAUCGCAUUGUAAGUGGACCUGUGCCCACUCUUACCAUACGCUCCACAAAGAUACAAAAGAAUCUAAGAGGAAUUACAGGGUAUUACUAUAAUAGGUAUGUUGGUGAUAAUGGGGAGUAUUAUCUGCGCAAGGCCAACGAAUCCAUCAAGUUAAUCAACUCAGAGCUCAGUUUUAAUGAACGAGAGGCUAUCUUGAUCAAGUCUCCCUUCUGGGAUGUCAUCUCCAGCAAUAUUUCCGAGGUGACUCUACACAUAAACGGUUCCCUCAUCAGUCAGAAUGGACACGGCAUCAGGCAGAUGUCUAAGGAUCUUCGCUCCUCGAACAAUCUCUUCCAUUAUGUGCUGCAGGACACCACCGUGGAGCAGAAUACACAUGGUGGCUUCCAGGUGGCGCUUCCCUAUGUUUGGCAGUACAAUGAGAACUUUACCCACUCGAUUUAUUUUGGGAACAGCACCUGGCAAGGGAAUCGGGACUUUCACAUUGGCGUCUACGGUCACUAUGCGGUUUUCAAUAUAACCUCGAAUGUGUUCCGGGAGAACAAUUGUCCAGGAUCAUUAAUAUCCCUGGAUGGAAUGGAGAAGCGUCUGCGGUUCGAUAACAAUCGAUUUGAGGCAAACAGCGCCAAGUUUGUGCUGUUGUUCAAGGCUGACAGCUUGAGUGAAAUCAUUGGCCAGGCUCCCGCCAGCAUCGAGUACAAUACCUUUAAGGGUAACAACAUUGUGUCCAUGUUAUCCAACUACAAACACUACAUGAGAGCUGCUCGACGUAUCCGUAAACAACAUCAGCUCCCCAGCUCCGUCAUACGUCUUGAUGGUGUCCAGAAUGUGAGACUUUAUCGCAAUCUAAUUGCUGACAAUGAGAUGGACUACAAUUUAGUGGCUGGAGUGAGAUCGGCGAGGUUGAACAACUAUUUCCAGGCCACGGAAAAUUGGUGGGGAGCCAAGGAUGUGGGGUACAUAGAGUCCAAAAUCUUUGACUUUGACAACUGGAACGAUCACGCUGAUGUGAUUUAUCAACCCUUCCUAAUCGAGGACAGCUACGAUGCGAGUGUCUCAGUGGUUGCACCACUUAACGAGGAACUAAACCUGGCGACCUACCAAGGUGGUCGAAUAUACCGAGAUUUUAUGUUGCCCAAGCAAGCGACACCCUAUUAUAUAGCCUCGGAUAUCACGGUCAUGCCUGGAACAACCCUUACCAUACAGCAUGGGGUUACCCUGGAGUUCAACCCGAAUGUGGGCAUCUUAGUGCUGGGUACCCUCAUGGCCAUUGGAUACAAGGAAUCUCCGAUUGUAAUGCGUCCAUUUAAAAAUGUCACGAGGGAAUCUAUGAUGGUAGCACCACCACGAAAGCGUGCUCUGGAAGACAUGACCGCUGCUCUGACAGAAUUUGACUCGAUUCGACUGUGCACGAGUGCGAAUAAUUGUACAGGGGAAACGGAUGGAUUGUACGGAUUAAACGAGGGCUUCCUGGAGUACUUCAAUCACACGACACUGCAGUGGGUGCCCAUUUGCGAUAGUCGCUUCACGGAACGUAAUGCCCAGGUCGUUUGCCGUGAGCUAGGUUUUGAUCCCCUCAAUGUCUACUACGGUCACGACAGGCGCAUUGAGUUCCACACGAAUUCACUGACUCGCAUCUGGUCUUGGGUGCAGCCCCUGGAGUGUCGUGGCGAUGAGGAGCGCAUGGAGGAUUGUGCCGAGCGUCUAAAUGGACAACUCUACGGACAUCGUCACGAAUGCCGUUGGGACGAUGUCUACGUCUUUGUUAGCUGCAAUGGCAUUGCCGACGAUGAGGUCUAUUGGGGUGGCAUACGAUUUGCCAACUCCAAGUUCGAGGAGCUGCAAUACGAACACCGAUUGCACAACACUCGCUCACACGGACAAUUCCCACAGCGGGAGAGUCAACUGGAGUUCGUGCGUAUCGAGCAGGCGGGCAUCCUUCAUAAUCACAAGGCAGCUGCCAUCCAGGCAAUCCAUAAAAAUCCCAGCAUUAGUUCGGUCAGCAUUCAGAAUUCGGCAAAUCAUGGCAUCAAUCUCAUUGCUCCCAGUGGUAAACUGAACCUCAACAAUCUGAACAUCAACACCACUCUCGGCACAGGCAUCAGCAUUGUGUCUUUAAGUGGCGAGGGAAGAGAUAGCGAUGAGUCCAGCUUUACCCCGCUCAAGAAACUCGAUUUACCCUACAAACUCUUUUCCUUGGUGGACAUUUGUGAUCCUCAAAAGGUGCUGACAAUUGAGGAGCGUAUGCUAGUCUACUACAAAUACGACAAUAAUCCCGUCAACUGUGUCAAGAUCUUCACUUCCGCCUUCCGUGCCAAACCCAUUGGAUUCCGAUUGCUUCAAUCGAAUCUGUUUAAUCACUCGAAGCUGUAUGGUCGCACUGAUUUCAUCAGACUCUUUGAUGGAGAUAUUUACAAUGUGACGGCUACGUAUCUGGGAAAGGUUGAGUCCGAUACGGACAAUCAAAGUUCCUUCUUCAAGACUAAGGGUCCGACUUUGAGUCUACAAUUGGUUGCAAGUGGCGCUCCAGAGACACAUGGCUUCAUUGCGGAAAUUGUGACGGUUCCCAUCUCGACUCUGGGGCAAUAUCGCGAUGCUCUGCAUAACAUCACUGACACACACAUUUCGGGAGCGAUGAAGGGUGCGGUAAGUUAUGCCUCGGCGGGAGAGGUAACUCCAACCUUAACGCUCAUAGGAAACCGCAUUGAGAGGAACUGUAAGCAACUCUAUGGCAAUUUCUCCACCUGCGCAUCGGCUCUCAAUCUGGACGUGCAGAAUAUGAACUCUUUGUACUUUAUGAACAAUCUUUUGCUGGAGAAUCAAGGAGGAUUACGUAUACGUGCUGAUUCACGUGGUUCUGCGACUUCUUUGCGUGGUUUUGUCCAUCACAAUCUCUUCAUGCGCAAUCGCAAUCGUCCGGCUUUAUUCGUGGAGGGUCGCCAGUCAUCGCCCUACCAGGAAGUCGAGCUCUAUCGCAACUACUUUGCCCAGAACAUGGCUGGCUACGAGGAGGUCAUACGUCUGUGUCAAGUGGUCUCGAACUUCAGCUACAACUAUGUCCACAGCAAUAUGGGAGGUCGCAUCAUGGAGGUCUCCGGUUUUGAGAAGGUUCGCCUGCAAAUCUAUCAAACCACGGCUCACAACGGAUUCUAUCGAAACGUGGCGACUAACUGGAUGUCCCGAGCAACGAUUGUGGCGGGUACCGCGGGUCAACAAUACGUGGACAAUAUAUUUGAGAAUUACGAGAAUGACUAUGAGCUUUUGACAGUUAAUAACUCCAUUCUCAGUUUUGACUAUGAAAACAGGACCUUUGAGACUUGGAGCUCCAAAAUAGAUGCACGUCACAAUUACUGGAGCUACAAUAAUACCAUUUCGGUACAGUCGCGCAUUAGGGACAAAUCUGAUGAUCCCAUGCUGCUGGAGGUGCUCGCUGUGCCUUUCCAGAUGAACAACGAGACCAUUUUGGAUGGCAAGUGUCCGCCCGGUUGGACCCUUGUGCAAGACACCUGCUUCAUCUACGUUGGGGCUCCGAUGACUUUUUACGAGGCUCGGGAUUUCUGUCGCUCGGAGAACUCAACCAUGCCUUUUAUACGCACCGAUAGCACCACCUUGUGGAAGUAUCUGCAGAGCCAAAUGCGGCAUCUUAAGUAUCCGAAUAAGGUCUGGAUACAGGAUUACAAUCACAUCGAGCGCUGCACGAGCUUUGUCUUCGGUGAGAUCGAAGUGGAGGAUUGUGCCAGGGAACGUGGAUUCAUCUGCGAAAUGGAUCCGAGGGUCAUCAUUGAUCCUUUGUCCUGGCGUGCUGACAUUUUUGCCAUAAGUAUUAUCUCAGCCUUUGUGCUGGCCAUCAUCCUGCUGAUCCUGGUGGCCUUCUGUUGGUUUGCCAAGUCCAAGCAUCGUCAUGUCCAGCGCCUGCAGCGACGCAACAGCAUUCGCCAGAGUCUGCGCAGCCUGAACAGCAUCGAUCCCCAAGGAUCUCUACGUCGUCGUCCCAAUUAUAACAUGUCCAGCAAUGGCACCUUGUCCAAGAGCCAGGACUACAAGCAGAUGGUGGCCAAUGGUUCCAUCGAUUCGAUGGACAAAAGCGUGCUCAGUUCGGAGGCGGGCAGCUUUGAGGGUUACCAGCAGAAGCCCCACUACAACGAGUAUGUGAAUCAGAAUUCCCUGCGUCCGGCAACAGCCCAGGAUCCUCAGCAGCCUCACAAGGUGGCCACCAUCUCUAAGGGCAGCGCUCAUCGGGCUCGAGCAGCGGCUGCCGCAGCUGCUCUGGAACCGGAUGCCUUUGAAUUGAGCUAUCGGAACGAGGGAUUCCGGGAUAACUCAACUUAUGGCGGCGGAACACGUGCCAAUUCCAUAAGUACCAGCAUGGCGGAGGAUACACCGAUAAUUCACCAGACGGAUGCGGAAGCAGAGGAGAUAGGAUCAGAUUAUUAUGGCAAUGCCAGCACGCUGCCUCUUCGCACGGAGACGGGAAGCAGCAGCGCCGUUGGAGGAGCUGGAGGAGGUCGUCGUGGUCAGCCGGGAUUGGCUUUUCUCAAUGAACUGAAGCAGAAUCUGCCGGAAUAUCAACGCAGCUCACACAGCAGUUUCAUGCCACAACGCAGCAGUGGCGACUCCUUGCCCUUUGACCAGAAACUGGACCAGUUCAACUACUCAACGGAGUCAUCACUCUAUCGUCCGGCUCCCGCUGUGCCACAGCAACCGACGCCGCCGGAUAUGAGGCGUCCGGAUUCGUAUUACACUGCCGUGCGAAGCAGCAAGGCGCCCACAUCACAUUAUCGCACUCCCAGACCAUUGGCCCAGCCGCCGGCAGCGCCCACGACGCAUACGCCACGUCCGAAGACUGUUUAUCAAACGGCAUCGCAGGAUCCGUCGCCAACGUCGUCCACGUCACAAGCGAUGCCAUCGCCUUUGGCCAGUGCCAAUCCCUAUCAUCGAUCCAAGUCGGAGGCGCUGCUCGAGACGGAUUUUGAUAGUGAGACAGGGGACGGAGGAUUGGUGCCACUCCAUGCCAAUGGACGCAGUCACAGCCAGCCGCUAGAAACGGCCAUGUAGUACCCAUGCUUCCACUUUCUCCCCCUUCAUUCUAUAUUUACAACUCGUACAUUUAAGUUAAUUAAAUCAUUACUUUUUAACACGAGAUUAUGUUAGCCGACGAACGAGAGACGAACGCCCCACGUUGUUUUAUGUAGCAAACUUAAAGCAUUCCAUCCAUUAGUUAUAGACAUUUAACAUAAACAAACAUAAAUUACAUCAACAAACGAGCGCAUGAAAAACGAAUUAGUAUUAAAUUGUUGUAUAUAAUAUUGAUUAAAAUUCUAUUAAACAUAAACAAA